CAACUAAAAUUUGAUUUUUGUUGUAAAAUUCUGAUAUCUAACUACGCACAGAAGAUUGUCCAUGAAGGCGACACCUCAGAUAGAAGCCGACAAAACCUUGCUGAGAUUCGCAACCUAUGAAGACUAUCUGGAUUCGUUGGGAACUCCUCAAGAUGCGUGUUACCUGCAAAGCGUCGAAACAGCCAGAACCAUAGCGAAUUUAGGUUAUCGCAGUUCCGGAGAAACAUUGACCAGAGGCCAAUUUGAGAAAAGACUCGCUGCAGUUUUAGCGUACCUUUAUCCCCCGUACAAGGCUUACGAGCUUACUAGCGAAGGUUUGGUAACUCCAGACGCCGACAUGAUCGUCAGAGAGUUAUCGUCUAGAGAGCGAGCCAACAGAAUCGGAAUCCUAUCGACGAUUAUAUUCCUGCGGGCGUUUACCAAGUCCGGAGUAGAAGUGUCGGGGUACAUAGACUACACGGAUCGUUUGACCAAAGAAAAUUGGAAGCCUUUUUUUAAAGGUUUAGCCAGACUGAUGCCCAAAAGAACGGAUUUGGGUUUUUACCAUUGGAAGUCCGAAGACGUGGUGUCCAACGACUCGUUAAACUACAAAGUGCUGCAGCACCCACAAAAAGGCCUCAUUUUCCAAAAUCGGUUCGAUCGAAAGAUUAUCAACCCGGAUCCAGAGGCUCAUCCCGGAUCCAACACCUCCAGAAAGAGGAUUUACAGUAAGCACUGCGAGUUGUGCAUCUUGUUCGACCACGUUGUCAGGCAAAGAAUCUAA